UGUGUAUGUCUGCACAUGGACGCUCAGUUCGAGUGAUUGAUAUUAUUGUGAUAUGAUGGCAGGGAAUAUGGAGAGGUUUGUCAGUGAGGGUAAAGGAAAUGGUUUGCGUGCUCUAAGCGAAAUCAAAGCCGGUGAGGUGAUUCAUUCAUGCGAGCCGUAUGCAUUCUGCAUAGCUAAGGAUUUCUUGAAGACUGCCUGUCAAAGUUGUCUAAAGAGAGGUGAAAGUCUGUCGAGAUGUUCUCAAUGUAAGACGGCCCGGUACUGCAGCGUUCAGUGUCAGAAACAAGCAUGGCCCGAUCACAAGAGGGAAUGCAAAUGCCUCAAGCGCCUCCAGCCAAGAAUCCCCACCGACUCUGUCCGGCUGGUUGCAAGGAUCAUUUUCAAACUGCUCAGCCAAUCAGAAAGUGACCAAGAGGAGCUGUACUCGAUAGUUGAACACCAGUCACAUCUAUCAGACAUGAGCGAGGAGAAGAAAGAGGGCCUGGGGCACCUCUGCACGACGCUGCAGGUUUAUCUCGGUGAGGAAAACCACGAUCUGUCUCAGCUUCCGCCCGGCCUCGACCCCAUCAGCCUCCUCGCCAGAGUGACCUGCAACUGUUUCAGCAUCAGUGAUGGAGAGCUGCAGGACGUGGGUGUCGGACUUUACCCCAGCAUGUCUCUGCUGAACCACGACUGUCAGCCCAACUGUGUCAUGAUCUUUGAGGGCAAGAGACUUACGCUGCGAGCUGUUCGCCUCAUCAAACCCUGUGAGGAGCUCACCAUAAGCUACACCGAUAUCCUCGCGACCAGCAAAGAGAGACGUUCUCAUUUACAAGAGCAGUACCACUUCCUGUGUCAGUGCACGCGCUGUACAACUGAGGACAAGGACUGUGACAUGCUGGCUGGAGAGAAGACAGCAUGGACAUCCUUAAGAGACACCAUCCCUCACCUGGAGCAGCUUCAGUCGGAGCAGCGCUGGGAGGAGUUGCUGAAAGAGAGCCAGGCUCUUUUGCACAGAUGCACAGAUGUCGUCCCGGACAGGAACAUCUAUGUGCUCAGGCUGCUGGAUCUGGCCACGGACGCUUGCAUUAGUCUGGAUGACUAUGAGACGGCGCUGGAGUACGGCAAUAGAGCUCUGGAGUCUUACAAAUUAUACUACAGCGAUCCUCAUCCGUCCAGAGCGGUGGAGCUGCUGCGGGUGGGGAAACUGCAGCAUUACCUGGGUAGACUGGAGGAGGCUCAGGGGAGCUUCACACAGGCCUAUGACAUCAUGAAGGUGACCCACGGGACGGCUCACAUCCUGACUAAUGAGGUGAGGAGAAAACUGAGCGAGUGCCAGGCUGAGCUGGGUCGAGUCUAGGCUGAUGUGUGCCAUCAUACAGAGACCUGCAGUCCCAAACUCAUCUCCUCCGAUUCUGUGACACAUUAGCUGUCAAUCAACACGCCGCUAUAUUUGCUCUCAAAUGGGAUGUUUGUGGAUGGUUGUGUCUGCCACCUGCUUUUGUGCCACUGUGUAUCAAACCAGCUGGUUUAGUAUUCAACUGAAAAAAAAGGAACAUUUUUCUCUGCUUCUUCUGUUAAGCUUUCCAAAGGGGAAAAUCUACAGUACUCAGCUGUGCUUUUUCAUUCCAUUUCAGAAAUUUUUUUUUUUUUUUUUUUUUUUGUGGAAUUUUUUUUCCAAUAAUGGAAGCCCAUUUCUGCCACUGAAUAAUAAAAAAGAGACUUUUUGAGACUUUUUAUCUCACAAUUCUGACUUAUACAUCUCAAUACAAACUUACAAAUGUAUCUUGCACUUCUGACUAUAACACACAAUUGCGAGUUUAUAUCUCACAAUUCUGAUGGUUUUUCUCACAAUUGUGAGUUUACAUCUCCAUACAAACUUUUUUCAAUUCUGAGUUUGUUCUUGCAAAUGUGAGUUUGUAUCUUGCAAUUCUGACUUUUUUCGUGCAAUUCUGAGAUAUUGCAGUUGCGAGUUUAUAUCUCACAAAUGUGACCUUUUUCUCAGGAUUACAAAAUUAUAGCUUGCGCUUCUGACUUUAUAACAGGCACUUGCAAGUUUAUAUCUCACAAUUUUGAGAAAAAAGUUAGAAUUGCACAAAAAAGUCUGAAUUGCGAAGUUUCAUCUUACAAUUGUGAUUUACAUCUCAACACAAACUCACAAUUCUGACUUUUUUUUCUCAGAAUUCCAUGAUUUGAACUCAGUAGUGUGUAAUAAAGUCAGAAUUUCAAGAUAAAAAGUCACAGUUAGGACUUUUGUAUUUUGUACAUUUGUAUUUUGCAAUUCUGACUUUUUAUCUCACAAUUGUGACUUUUUUUUUCUCAGAAUUGCAAAAUUAUAUCUUACACUUUUGACUUCAUACGCAAUUUCACAAUUUUGAGAAAAUAGUUAUAAUUCCGCGAAAAAAGUAUGAAUUGCAAGAUACAAACUUGUAUUUGCAAGAAAAGUCAGAAUUGCGAGCUUGUAUCUUGCAAUUCUGACUUUAUAAUUCGCAAUUACAUGUUUAUAAAAAAUUUAAAAAAAAAAAGAAAAUUGCAAUAGAUAAUUCUGACAUUUACAUCUCAAUACAAAUGUGCAGUUCUGACUUUAUUUCAGAAUUGCAUGAUUUAAACUGCAAGUAAUAAGGUUAGAAUUUCAAGAUAAAAACGAUUCUGACUUUAUAACACGCAACUGCAAGUUUAUAUUUCACAAUUCUGAAAAAAUAGAAUUGCUUUUUUCUCAAUUGCGUGAUUUAAACUCAAUUGUGAGUAAUAAAGUCAAAAUUUCAAGAUAAAAAUUCACAAUUCACAAAGAGUUUAUAUCUUGCAAUUCUGACUUUUUUCGUGCACUUCUGACUUUUUUUUUAGAAUUGAGAUAUAAACUUGCAGUUGGAAGUCUCAUAUCUCAUUAUGAAUUUUUUUUCUCAAAAUUGCAAAAUUAAUAUCUCACACGAAUUGCACGAAAAGUCCGAAUUGCAAGAUACAAAGUCGCAUUUGCAAGAAAAGAAGUCAGAAUUGCAAGUUUGUAUCUUGCAAUUCUGACUUUGUAAUUCACAAUUAGAUGUUUAUACAUUUUUUUUGUGAGAUAAAAAGUCGCAAUAACCUUUUUUAAUUUUUUAUUCAGUGGUCAAAAUGAGCUUCCACUUGCUGCCCCCUAAACAAAUGUUCAUUUUUAACACUCAAUCUAAAGUAUAGUAUUCUUUCCUCCAUAUUUUCUAAGUAUUUUAAUCUCAAAUUAGUGGUUGCAACAAGAACAUUAAUAUUAAAUUUAAAUGCUAAACAAUAGUGACACUUUGCAAAUGUACAGUAAUGCAACAAGUCAUAAGUUUGAAUAAUUUUUUUUUAGUAGCUGCAGAUUCUUAGAUUCAUAAAAAUAUGUUUGAUAUCAUUAAAGCAUUUAAAUGCAUCUGAUUGAAUAUUCAGUAAAAUCUGACAUUAAUGUUUCAUGUUGUCAAAAAAAUUGUUAUUUUAGUAUUAUUUAUUAUUUAUAUUUUAUUUUCAUUUUUUUUAUUUCUGUUUGGUUUUUUUUAUUGUAGUUAUUGUAGUUUUUUCUGUUUUAGUUUUAACAAUUUCAGUACUUCAAAACAACUUUUUUUGGCAAGUCAGCGUUUCUUUUUUUAGGUUCUGUUUUGUACAUCUACUUUAAUUUUAUUUUUAUUUCACCUGUAUUUCAGUUUUUGUUAACAAUAACAUCACUGAUUCAUAUGACUUUUUAGACUGCCAUUUUAUAUUAUUUCACAUCUAAUGAAAACAAAAAUGAUACAAAUGAGACGGAAAGUCCAGGAAAUUUUUUAUUUGAGGUGUGUUGUUUGGAAAAACCUCAGGAAUGUCCAUUAGCACAUUAGUACAUUUACCCAAACUAUUGUGAGGAACUGUAGUAGCUUUUCAAAACUGUUUAUUAAACUUGGACUUAAUGACCCUUAAAAAUGACUAUAGCGUAAGUUUGACUAUCACAUAAUCAACUGUUGUGAAAGGCAACAUCUUUUCGGCAAUAACUGCUGCGCUUCAUAACACGCACCUCCGAUUUGUGCUUCAGUUUCUCAUCAUUAACUUCAAUCAUCAGAGUUACUCUGGCAAGACCACGCCAUUCGCUCUGAUUUCAUAAACAUAUUUCAGCAGCUGCUUUAUGUUUUUAUGCUCUUCUUUAACCAUCUGGAUUGUGUUAUUGCAGUUCAGUACUUGAUUUGUAAUGUGGGUCAAUCCUUCAUUUCAGUAAAUAUCUCUAUCGUAUGUCUUCAUAUGUUGAAUCAAAUAGUUUUUAAGGAUGAAAAUCACAUUAGUACGUUUUUACAAUUAUCAUUUUAUUAUAUAAUUUCAAUACUCUGCUUUGAACAGAUGUUGCAGAUUUAUAUGCUAACAUGAAAAACUGGCAUUUUAUUGUUUUCUUGUGAAUGUAUUUUUUAACUGGUAAUUGUAAUUUCCCAUGAGCGUAAUAUCACGUUCUUUAGUUUUAUUGUAGUGUCUAAGGAACUGGCUUUUCUUAAUAAUAUCAUCUUUCAGGAAAUGAUGUCAUUUUGGUGCUAAAACAACAGCAUAAACAUCAGUUUGUGAAAAUAAUCAGAUUAUGAAUAACGCUUGUGUCUGAGCUUCUUACUGAGAAUCUAUACAUGUUGGAAUAAAGGUGUUUUGUUGGUCUGGAUCAGCACAGACGACACUUUUCCGGCCAUUUUUCCAGAACGUGUUAUUGUUGCUAAAUCUUUUUAACCCUCGUGAGUGUCAGGAUACAGAUAGACGGGAUUACACGUCUCAUUCACCUCCUCUCCUCUCAUAACUCUGUGGCCACUAAAGCAAACAGCUUUUGGAGAUGCGCUUCUCGGAGAUGAGAUAACAUCUUAAAAAAUGUCAUUCUGUUGGAUAGAAUGAGGCUUAAGAGGGAAUAG